GGCUCUGCGUCGAUUUAACGCGGAACCAUAAUUCAGGCUUUACACACAGGACGCCGCAGAUAACGACCAGCCUGCUCACAGACUGCUGAGGCACGGACACCUGCGAAAGUCGUGAUGGCCUCUCCAAGUGCCAGCUCCGUCCCCCUGGGAGCGCUGAAGCCCAAAAGGAAGACCAAGAAGAAGCAUUUCGUGCAGCAGAAAGUGGAGGUGUUCCGAGCCAGUGACCCCGCGCUGAGCGUGCUGAUGUGGGGAGUCACUCAUUCGAUUAAUGACCUGGGCCAGGUGCCUGUACCUGUCAUGCUGCUCCCAGACGACUUCAAAGCCAGCACCAAGAUCAAAGUCAUCAACCACCUCUUCAACAAAGAGAAUCUUCCUGGACAGUUCAAAUUCAAAGAAUACUGUCCUCAAGUGUUCAGGAACCUGCGAGAGCGCUUUGGCAUUGAGGAUCAAGAUUACCAGGCUACUCUGGCCCGCAGCUCGCCACUCAAGGAAGAGGAGGGGAACAGCGCAGGAUUACUGCUGACAUCAUACGACCACACCUUGGUAGUUAAAGAGAUUUCCAGUGAAGAGGUGGAAGAAAUGCACAACGUCCUGUCCGAGUAUCACCAGCAUAUCGUCACCUGCCACGGCAGCACGCUGCUCCCUCAGUUUCUGGCCAUGUAUAGAGUGACUGUGGAGAGUGAGGACACCUACCUGUUAGUGAUGAGGAACAUGUACAGCCACAGACUGCACAUACACAGGAAAUACAACCUGAAGGGGUCCGUGCUGUCUCGCGAGGCAAGUUUUAAAGAGAAGGUCAAAGAAUUGCCAACUUAUAAGGACGCAGACUUCAGGAAUAACAUGCAAAAAGUUUAUGUGAGCGAAGAAGAGAAGGAGAAGAUGAUGGAGAAGCUCAACAGAGACGUUGAGUUCCUAGUGUGUUUGAGGAUCAUGGACUACAGCCUUCUCCUGGGGAUCCAUGAUGUCGAACGUGCUGAGCGGGAUGAGGAGGAUGUGGAGUCAUCCUGUGAGGAGGACGAGGAGGAUGAGGAUGGCCUGGUUGUUGCUCCGUGCUAUAACUCCCCUAGAGGGAUUGCAGGCUACAUGAACUCCUUCAAACCUAUGGGUCCCGGGGAAUUCGACCCUUACGUGGAUGUUUACGCCAUUCAGAGCGCUGUAGGUGCACCUCGGAGGGAAGUGUAUUUUAUGGGUCUGACUGAUGUAUUGACACAGUAUGACACAAAGAAGAAAGCUGCUCAUGCUGCCAGGGCUGUCAAACAGGGGGCUGAAAUCUCAACAGUUCAUCCUGAGCAGUAUGCUAAACGUUUCAAAGACUUCAUCUCCAAGAUCUUUGCCUAGUUCAAGGAUCCACCAUCUUUUAAUGCAAUAAGGAAUU